AUGGACAACCAACAACUACCAUUUCUAAACGGCGACAGCGGGGCCAACCCGAGCGACCCCACUCUCGAGCUCAAAUCCCCGGCCAACUCUCGCCCCUGGUAUAACCCACUCGGCUGGUCCCUGCUCGUGAAACUCCUCGUCAGCACAGCAGCCAUAGUAAUCAUCCUCCUGGUUGCAAUCCUGGUCCCCUACCAAAUAGUCUCAAACCGCUACCCAAACUACACACCCUUGAACUACACCCUCGUCGACACCUACUCCGGCCCAAACUUCUUCGAGCAAUUCACCUAUUUCACAGACGAAGACCCGACAAAGGGCUUCGUCGUAUACGUCAACAAAACAACCGCCAGACACCUGAACCUCACCUAUGCAUCCGAGACAUCGGCCAUCCUGCGCGCCGACGCAUCAACCCCGAACACCCGUUCUGGUCGGAACUCCGUCCGCAUCGAGUCGAGGAAUACAUACGGCUCUGGCUUGUUCAUCUUCGAUAUUAUCCAUACGCCCUUCGGCUGUGCGACCUGGCCUGCGUUGUGGUUGACCGAUGGCUAUAGCUGGCCGACGAAUGGCGAGAUCGAUGUUCUUGAAACUACCAAUAUCGGCAGUCAUGGGAAUGAAAUUUCGAUCCAUACUACGAAAGGGUGCAAUAUGGAUGUCAAGCGCAAACACACCGGCCAGGCAAUCUUCAAGAAUUGCGAUAAUUCCACGAAUGGGAAUUCCGGCUGCGCGGUCAUCGGUGAUGAGUAUACUUACGGAGAGGCGAUGAACAACCGUGGUGGAGGUGUUUAUGCCCUUGAACUCCGCGAUGCUGGGAUCCGCGCUUGGCUCUUCCCGCGUGGAGCUGUCCCUGCUGAUGUCGCUGCUGGGAAUCCGGAUCCGAGUAGCUGGGGCGUUGCGCUGGCGGAUUUCCCGAGUACGAAUUGCGAUAUUGCGACGCAUUUCAAGAACUUGAGUAUCAUUGUUAAUAUUGAUCUCUGUGGUGAACUUGCUGCUCAGAAGCAGUUUUAUGAGACUAUGUAUCAUUGUCCCGCGACUUGUUCAAGCUUUGUUGCGAAUAAUCCUGGCGAGUUUGUUGAUGCUUAUUGGGAGUUUAAUAGUUUCAAGGUUUAUCGUGCUUAUUGA